AUGCACCGUCUGCGCGGCAGCGCGGCGGACGAGCUGGCCAUCUUCCGACAGAUGGACGCAAACGGUUCGGGCAGCGUGCGGUUCGACGAGUUUGCCCGCGCGGCGCGCAAGCUGACUGCGCUCGCGAGCGUGGGCGAGCGCAUGGCCUCGCGGCCGGCGUCGGCGCAGCCCGCGCAGCGCAGGCAGCCCGCUGAGGCGGAGGGGCGGCCUCGCUCCGCCGGCUUUGCGCAGCAUCCAUUCUGCCCGUCCGCAGAUUUGUCGCUCGCGGCGACACACCUCCGGCACGAGCACAAGCGCGCAGCCACGAGUCCGCGCGAUUCCGGCCCGCCGGAGAUAUGGCGCGUCGGCAUCUGAUGAGCGCGGUGUUGAUCACAUUUUGUGCUCGAGUGUGGGCAGUGGCCCAGCGUGGUGGGGGGGGGGGCGCGAGAACUAUGCAGUGCGGCGUGGGACCGGCGUGAUUCUCUCCGCCCGUAUAUACCUGCUGGAAAUGC